UAUACGUGAUGUUAUCAGUUCAGUAACAAGUGUGCAUUGUUGGAGUUCGGUGGCCUUGCGCUUGAGCAACGGUAAAUCGUAGAAGAAAGUAAAACUAUCUCAUAGAUAUAAAUUAUUACAACAAAGGAUAAUCGUUACUAGUUCGCGAAAGCUAAAAAAUGAUGCUGUUGGCUCUACUGGCAUUGGCAAUGUUUGCGGCACAAACGCCCAUAAUCGAUGGCGCCAAAAUACUUGCGGUCUACGCAUUCCCGGGCAAGAGUCACUAUAUGAUGCAUCGUGUGCUGAUUAGUGAGUUGUUGAAGCAUGAACAUGAGAUCACCAUGAUAACAGCAAUCACGUUAGAACCACAAAAGUUAGGCGGUAAUUACACGGAGAUACUCAUUGAGCCAGUCUAUGAUUUUUGGUCGGAAAUACACAGCGCAUUCGGCGGCAAAACGAUCUAUGAAAUGCACAAUGAGCUAUCCAUAUUCAUGAAAAUGAGCGAAGUUCUGGGGCUCUCAACCACAGAGCAUGCACUGAAGCAGCCGAAAAUACAAGCUAUCAUCAAUGCCGAACAAACACACGGUGUCUAUGAUCUAUUGUUGGUCGAACAAUUCUAUCAGGAUGCAUUUUUGGCCCUGGCACAUGUCUAUAAUAUACCCGUUAUAAGCACCGCAACUUUUGCACAACAACAAUAUAUGAGUCAAAUGUUCGGCAUUGUAACGCCUUGGUCCUACGUGCCACACGGCUACCUGCCGUUAACGGAACGUAUGAGCUUUUUGGAACGCGUACGGAAUGCCUACACCACAUUGCGCACGGAUUUGGACCGUGAAUUUUCGUAUUAUCCGAAAAUGGAUGCGCUAGUGCAGAAAUACUUUGGACAUCUAUCAAUAAACUUCCCCAGUGUCUCCGAUAUGAAUAGGAAUCUCUCGGCCAUAUUAAUUAACAAUUAUACACCAUUGUCGUCAGCGGGUCCUACGAUCGAUAGCAUGAUCAAUGUUGGUGGUAUGCACAUCUACCCACCGAAACAAUUGCCCGCGGACAUACAGCAGUUCCUCGAUGGUGCCGAACAUGGCGCCAUUUAUUUCAGUUUGGGCAGUCAAGUGCAAAGUAAAGAUAUGCCGCUGAAGAAGUUACAAAUCUUUCUCAAAGUAUUCGGUCAGCUGAAACAGCGUAUCUUGUGGAAGUUCGAAAACGAUAGCAUUGCGAAUUUACCUUCGAAUAUUAUGGUCAAAAAGUGGUUGCCACAAAAUGAUAUACUGGCACACCCUAAUAUACGUGUUUUCAUUGCGCACGGCGGUCUCUUUGGCAUGCAGGAAGCUAUCUACCAUGCCGUGCCUAUACUCGGCAUGCCCUUCUACUGUGAUCAGCAUCUAAAUUUAAAGAGAGCCGAGGCCAAUGGUUACGCCGUCAUGCUGGACUUUCAUACGCUUACAAGUGAGCAACUACAGCAUGGUCUACAGGAAUUGCUUCAGAACAGAACAUUUCGCGAUAAUGUCAGACGCAUCUCGAGCAUAUUCCACGAUCGUCCAUUGGGCGCACGUGAGACGGCGCUCUACUGGAUCGAUUAUGUCAUACGUCACAAGGGCGCGCGGCACUUGCGCGCUACUGGUCUCGACUUGAAGUGGUACCAAUUCUAUUUAGUGGAUGUGGUGGCUCUGCUUGUUGCCGCUGUUACAGUUGCACUAGGAGCUCUUGUUUUGUUGUUACGAUGUAUGUGGCGUCGAAUCAGCGGUGAACAGAUCAAACAAAAAACGAAUUAGUGUAUUCGUAUGAAAAGUUUUUGAAUUAAGAAAUAAUAUAUUUAUAUGUAAUUGGUUAUUGUAUAUGUGAGUGUAUAACGUAAAAUAAAGUAUGUGUUAAAAUUUGCAUA